AACAUGUGUUUUUUUUUUGCAUAAGAUUUGAGCUUGUAAUCAUGAAUAAGCUGAAUAUAGAAUUUGAUAAAUCUAACGUUUAUAACAAAACGAGGACAGUUCCAAUCAAAUGGUAGGUGACUUUUUAAUUAAAAGAGUCAACUGAAGUUAAGGAAAGGGCUUCAUCGUCACCGCGUGGUUUGAAAUAGAAAAAGUAAAAACUAAUGGGCCUUUUUACAAGUAAAUGGGCCUUCAUAAGAUAAUACAAUGUGCACGAGACACGUCAUCUCGGUUUUCUCAAGAAUUAAAUUCGGUUUUCCUGAACCAAACUUAACCGGAAAGUCGUGGCAUUUGAAUUCAAUUAAACCGCAAUUACUGUAGAUCUGUGAUCGUCGUCGUCUUCAACCCAAACCCCUAAACCCUACAGAGCAUCCAAAAACCAUGGCGCUUCUCCUCGCCAGACGCUAUCGCAGAUUCCCACCAACCCCAUCUUUGAUUCGAUUCUUCUCCAAUUCCUCAUCGGAUCCACCUCCCAAAGCGGCGAACGCAUCCGUCGAGAAACCUCCCCAGUCUCCGGCGAACUCUCCCUACUCCUCUCCCUUCACCGACAUCAAGUCCACUCUCAAGAGUAAAUCAUCUCAAGCUCGGAACCCCGGAUGGAGCCGAUUCUCCGAUAACCAAUCGCGAGGGUCGUCACAGGAUUUAAGCAUCAACCUCGCCAAGUUUCAGCGUAGAUCCGCCGCUCCUCCUCCGAAGAGCGAAUCGCCUUCGACUUCCUUCGAGGCGCUCUAUAAGCAGAAUGUUGCAGCAGACUCAAGAGGGCAUGGUGUCGAUUUGAGUAAGUUGCGGGAAAAUUUGAAAAAUUUGAAGUCGCAGCCCAACGCAGAGAUGGCGGGAAUGUCAUUACGAAGAAGAAACGUUGGUUCUUCGGAUGUGUCAGUGAUCGGGAAAGAGAUGGAGGAUGGGAAUGGUGGGGAAGGUGAAACGGAGGAGUAUUUAAAGAUGUAUAGGGAAGAUGAAUUGGGUGAGAAGCUGAGGAUGCUUAGGCCAGAGGGGAAGAAGGAAGAAGGGUGGUUCUCGUUUGAGGAGUUGAAUGAGAGGUUGGUUAAGCUAAGGCAAGUGGAAAAGAAAGAGGUCAAGAAUCAGCGUUGGAACUUCUCGGUGCUCAGGAAUGUUAUUGGUACACUUGAGGAUGAUAAAGCCAAGAACGAAGCUGUUUCCCUGCAGAAUCUCGACGUUCUAGGCUAUUGGGAUGGUACUCCUGAGUACAAGCAUUAUCCUCCUAAAGAUGAGCUAGUUGAAACUUACUUCCACUCAGAUAAUCUGUCAUCUGCGGAGAAGAUGAAAAUUGAGCUCACGAAAGUCAGGGAAGAUUUCAAGAUGUCGGAAUCAGAUUGUGGUUCUGCACGCGUGCAAGUGGCGCAGCUAACUACUAAAAUCAAGCAUUUGACCUCUGCUCUGCACAAAAAGGACAAGCAUUCGCGGAAGGGACUUGUAGCAAUGGUGCAGAAACGGAAGAAGCUGUUGAAAUAUCUAAGACGAACUGACUGGGAUUCUUACUGCCUUGUCCUGUCACAACUCAGCCUUCGUGAUACCCCGGAUUACAAGAUCCCGAAUUACAAUCAGUAAGCUUUCUGCGUUAGGAACCCCCAUGGUUCUAUUUUCACACUCUUUUGGUUUGGUCAACACCCUGUUGGGACUGAGACUUAGCUGUUCAAACUCCGUUAGGCAUUUUACUCUCUAGUGAAGAAACUCCCUCAACUCUCUGUUGUUUCAUUAUUC